AUGUCGGGGCUUCUUCAAUCCCGAUGGGCCCCUGGGCCAACCGACGACUCCGAAAAACCCACCUCCUCGUCUCGAGCACCUAAAUCCUCCUCCUCCUCCUCUUUCUCCUUUCGAUCGCCUGCUACGACAAAGCCUCAGGGCCAGAAUAUUACCCGCAAUACCUUCACUAGCGCUAGUACCAGUAGCAGUACCCGCAUCGGCACUGGCACUGGCACUGGCACUGGCAGCGGCGGCAACGGCAGCGCACCGAGCCACGCGAACCCAGCGCAGGAACUCUCACGGUUCACGAAGCUCGUCGCGCGACUAAAAUGGAAACUGCCGUUCCUGGAGGAAGCGUAUCAGCGAGCAACGCAGUCCGGGAUGCCAGACACAGACCUAGACCUAGACCCAGAGGACAUAAACUACGCCGCGACGAUGUUCAAGAUCGAUUUCCACGAAUACUACGCCCUCUUGGAGCGCGCGAUCGUGCAUCUCCUCGGCGUCUUUGGCGUCCAGGUCACAUCGACGCCGUCGCGCAAAUGGCGCGGCAAUACAGUAGGCCAGGGCGUGCAGUGGAAUACGACCAUGCCUAUGGGUCCCGGCGGAGCACGACCCGGUGUGGGACACUCCUACCACGCCAAUGUGUUGGAGACGCUUGAGGACCCGACGUGUCCGCUGCAUGAGGUCCUGGGGCUCGGCGAUGUGCGGGAACAGCUGCGGAAGGCCAAGGAGCUGCGCAAUCGAUGGAAGACGGCGGAUAUGUCGGAGGAGGAACUUGAGGGGGAGAGGCGGCGGAGGCCGAUGUUGCCGUUGGAAAGUUAUGAUUUCGAUCAUAUCCUGACGGAGAUUUUCGGUGGGUUGGAAGAUGGGUAUCUUCUUGCGCAGGCGCAUGUCGCCGCAGUGGAUGGAGACAAAGCAAAUGAGAUGGAGAUGGACGGGGGUUGGGAUUUCAUUGUCGAGGCGAUGGAUUGGGAAGCUAUUUGA